GUAAUUGAGAGUCUCAUCUACUCAAGCGGGAAUGACCCAUCGUGAUUAGUAUCGUGCCCUUGAUGUACGAAGGGGGAAACAUGUACAACAAGGACAUUCUCGUUGUGUCCCUUGCCCUUCAUCGAAAUAGAGCGGAGAAGUGGGAGGACCAAGCGGUCGGGGAUGCUCUAGUCUGCCAGAAACUGAUGAGGAAAAUGGCUCUUGGAUUAGCAAAGAACCAAAAGUUUAUUGAAUGCGAGGCUGCUUUCAGACAUCUGAAGCAUGCGUUGACGCAUCAUGAGGUCUUGAAACUUCCUGAUCCUGACAAGUCAUUUGUAGUAACUACGGAUGCUAGCCAAUAUGGCAUAGGCGCCGUACUUGCGCUGCAGGAGGGGAAGAAGUUGAGGUCGGUAGAGUACAUGUCUAAAAAGAUGCCCUCUCAGAAGUUGGCUAAAUCCACCUAUGAGAAGGAACUCUAUGAGAUCUACAAGGCGCUCACCCAUUGGAGAGACUAUCUCCUUGGGAGGUUCUUCUACGUCAGGAUUGAUCACCAGACCCUGAAGUGGAUGAGAACCCAGCCUGUGCUCUCUGACGCUUUGAAGCGUUGGAUUGAAGUCAUAGAGCAGUAUGACUUUGAGCCCCAGUACAUUAAGGGCGAGUACAACAAGGUUGCUGAUGCGAUGUCGCAUAGACCAGAUUUCUCUGGUGCGCUGAUCACUGAGUUUGGGCUUGCGGACAAUGUUACGCAGUCUAUGGUGGAAGCCUAUCGCGAGGACCGGUUUAUGUCUGAGAUCAUACGCAAACUCAAGGCGAAGGACAAAGCAACUUCUGCCGAGUUUGAGUUGGUCAACAAAUUGCUGUUCCUUGAGAAGGCAGGGAAUAAACCCAAUCUGCUGCAGCGGUUCUGGUGGCCCACGAUGAUGAGAGAUGUGAAGCUGUACGUGGAAACUUGUCAAGUCUGUCAGAGGGACAAGCUACGUACACAGGCUCCUUUUGGGCUUUUGAAGCCCCUUCCGAUUCCGGAAAGGCCUGGUGAGAGCCUGUCCAUGGACUUCAUGGAUACGCUGGUCACCAGCAAGAGCGGGAUGAGACACAUCUUUGUUAUGAUGGAUAGGUUUAGUAAGUUCGCCAUGUUAGUUGCAAUGUCAGAGACAGCGAAGACUGAGCAUGUGAUUAAGAUGUUCAAAGAGAACUGGGUUAGAGAUUUUGGAUUGCCUAAGUCUAUAGUCAGUGACCGUGAUGUGCGAUUCACAAGUGAACUAUGGAAAGCCGCAGCUGCAGAACAGGGAACGCAGCUGCAGAUGACGUCAGGAAACCAUCCCGAGGCGCAUGGACAAGCAGAACAGUUGAACCGUACUGUACAACACCUUCUGCGGCAUUACAUCAAGCCAAAUCAGGUAGACUGGGAUGAGAAACUUGCUCUAAUAGCCAGCCUGUACAACAACGCGGUCCACAGCGCAACGGGCGUGAGCCCGAAUAGUAUGCUAUUAACCUUUAGACCUAGACUGCCCUUGGAUUUCUUACCACCUGAGAACCAGCCCUCUACUGCACCAGGGACUUUAGAGUUUGCUUAUCGAUAUGAGCAACUGAUGCAGCAGGCUGUUGAACAAAUGCACAAGGCACAGGCGGCGAUGAUAGAGUCUGAGAACAAACCCUGCCGCCCGUCCACUUUCCAGGUAGGAGAGAGAGUCUGGGUCAAGUCCUCAGAACUGGGACAGGAGCACGGGAUCUCCCGCAAGCUCAUGCCACACUACUUUGGACCAUGGGAGAUUCUGGAUGUUGUCGGGGAAGAACCGGAUGGGCCCUCUUAUGUUAUUCACAUCCCUGGUCACUUACGUACUUACCCUGUUUUUCACGCUUCUAAGCUUGCACCAUUCAAAGAAACUGACCAGUUUCCUUCUCGUCGCUCUAUGCUGCCCCCAACCAUAGAUGGAGAGGUCGACAUCGGUGACAUUGUUGAUCACAGAGAGAUGCCAGUUCCAAGACCAACCGGCAGAGGACGUCCUCCAAAACCGAAGCUGCAGUACCGAGUUCGGUUCAGACAUCACACUGACCCCAGGGAGGACAGAUGGUUCACAAGGGGGACAAAUGGUUCACAAGGGAGGAACUGAUGCAGACCGCUCCACAGGUGGUCACUCACUAUGUGAAGUCUCUACGGAAAGGCAAGCGCCAGAUUAUC